GCGAGGAGGGGGUAGCCGCGCGCACACACACAGACACACACAUGCAUGCAUGCACGCUCACUCACUCACUCAGUCAUUCUCUCUCUCUCACAUACACACAUGCAUACACUCUCCCAAACACACACACACACACACACACAUGCAUGCACGUAAACUAGCACACAGACACAUUCUCAGGCAGCUCUCAGAGUGACAGGAGCACACGGACGGGACCGGACCGCAGAGAAGAGAAGAGAAAGAAAAAGCCAAAGAAGAAGGAGAGACGAGAGAGGGGAGAGAGAGAGAGAGAGAGAGAGAGAGAGAGAGAGAGAGAGAAGGAGAGAGAGAGAGAGGGAGGCCUGGAGGAGGGAGGACAGACUGGGAGAGCAAGAGAGAGAUCAGGACAACUCUGGUGUUUUUAUGCUGCUGCGGCACUAACAGCACAAGGGCCCCACUGGGGAGUCGGACUUCAGCAGGAACGGGACAGCGUCGGGGAGAGAGAAACACACACACACAUUCACACUCACACACAGACGGAGUGACAGAGACUCUGACACAGGAGCUGCACUUUGACCAUGGCUUCAGAGCACACAGUCAGAGAGGGAGAGGUCUCGCGCUCCCCCCGUCCCCUGGCCUGGAGUCAGGGAUGGGGCUGGGGCCGGCGGUGGGUCUGGGUCUGCGCCCUGCUCUCGCUGCUUACUGGACUGGGAUCAGCUUUUAACCUGGACACCUCGGCUCGACUCAUCAAGGAGGGGGCCAAAGGCAGCUUCUUUGGCUUCUCCCUCGCCUUGCACCAGCAACUCACACCAGAACCAAAGAGCUGGAUCCUGGUUGGGGCACCGAGGGCCCGAGGGGUUGGGGUUAUGGGGAACAUUCACCCAGGUGCUCUCUACCGUUGCCCCAUCACAGCAGAGGAGUUUGACUGUGAACGAGUGGACAUUGAUGGAGAUGUGAGACUAGACCGUGAGAGUAAAGACAACCAGUGGCUUGGAGUUACAGUGAAGAGCCAGGGCAUUGGAGGAAAAGUUGUGACGUGUGCCCAUCUGUAUGAGCUGAGGCAACGUGUGAGCCAGCCCUCGGAGACGCGCGACCCCAUCGGCCGCUGCUACGUGCUGAGCGAGGACCUGACGGAGCGGGACGACCUGGACGGGGGCGAGUGGAAGUUCUGCGAGGGCCGUCCCCAGGGCCACGAGCAGUUUGGCUUCUGCCAGCAGGGCAUGGCCGCCAGCUUCACGCCCGACAACAACUUCAUCCUGUUCGGGGCGCCAGGCACCUAUAACUGGAAAGGAGAGAUGCAUGUCCAGCUUCUCAACCAGACGGUGCUGGAGCUGGGCUUCUACGACGACGGCCCGUACGAGGUGGCCGACGAGAAGCAACUGAAUGCCUCGCUCAUCCCCGUGCCGUACCACAGCUACCUGGGCUUCUCGGUGGACUCGGCCAUGGGGCUGCUGAGCCGGACGGAGCUGACCUUCGUGGCGGGGGCUCCGCGGGCCAACCACACGGGCGCGGUCGUGCUCCUGCGCAAGGACAACGUGUACCGGCUGGUGCCGAAGCACAUCCUGUGGGGCGAGGAGCUGGCCUCCUCCUUUGGCUAUUCGGUGGCCACUGCUGACCUCAACAGCGAUGGGUGGACUGAUCUCAUUGUGGGGGCACCCAACUUCUUCGACCGCAAGGCAGAGAUCGGCGGUGCCGUGUACGUCUACCUGAACCCGUCCGGUCACUGGGACAUGGACCGGCCGAUCCGGCUCAACGGCACCUACGACUCCAUGUUCGGCAUGACUGUCAGCAGUGUGGGAGACCUGGACCAGGAUGGAUACGGGGAUAUCGCUGUGGGCGCUCCGUUUGAUGGGGAUGGGAAGGUGUUCAUCUACAGAGGCGCCGCCUCAGGUCUACACACCAAACCCUCUCAGGUGCUGGACGGGGUAACCGUUGGUGUCGAGCGCUUUGGCUACUCCAUCUCUGGGGGCCUGGACAUCGAUGGGAACCAGUACCCUGACCUGGUGGUGGGCUCGCUAAGCGACCAGGUGGUGCUCUACAGAUCUAGUCCGGUGAUCCACAUACUUAGAGACAUAACCAUCGAGCCCCAGUAUAUUGACCUGGAGCAGCACAACUGCAAGGGAAGAGAUGGAGUUUGUGUGGAGGUAAAAGCCUGCUUUGCAUACUCGGCACACCCUGAGACCUACACUCCACGAAUCACACUCACCGUUGUGUUUGAAGCUGACACGGAACGCAGGAAGCUGGGCCUUCCCCACAGGGUCAACUUCCUGGGCCGCAGUCGUUCCGAGCCCGAGUACGUCCACACAGAGGAGGUCAAACUGCAUGGGCAGAAACAUCCGGCAUGCCAGACCGCCACCUUCCAGCUCAAGGAGAGCCUAUGGGACAAGCUGCGUCCGAUCUCUCUGGCCAUCACACACACCAUCAAACACACCCACCACCACCGACACACCGGUCCAGAACACCUGGCCAUGCUGACCCCCGUGCUGAGCACCCACAGCUCCAACACUCUGCUCUCCGAGGUGAACUUCCUGAGAGAAGGCUGUGGGGACGAUAAGGUCUGUCAGAGCAACCUGCAGGUUGUCUGGAAGUUUGGCACUAGAGACCUUUCCUCAGCCGCCUUCUACCCUCUACCCCUUGAUGAGGAUGGGGUUCCGGUGCUCUCAUUGUUCGAUCAGAGGUUGGUGCUGCUGGAGGUGGAAGUGAGCAACUCCCCAUCUGACCCGGAGCGCCAUCAGGAGGACGGAGACGAUGCCCACGCCGCCAAGCUGCAGUUCAUUCUCCCAGAAACGCUGUCCUACUCCCAAGUCAGAGGGCACAGCCAGCAGGUGGUGUGUGCAGCCAACCAGAAUGGCUCCCAGGUUGACUGUGAACUGGGCAACCCAUUCAAGAGAGAUGGAUUGUUGAGAUUCUACAUCGCUCUAAGCACAUCUGAAAUCACCAUUGAGACCACAGAGCUGUCAGUUGAUCUCAUUAUGUCAACCAUCAGUGAGCAGCCUGACCUUGCCCCUAUCACAGCCAAAGCUAGAGUGGUGAUAGAGGUCCCCCUGUCUGUCAGUGGCCAUGCCCGCCCCCAUCACCUGUUCUUCAGUGGGGCUGUGAGGGGAGAGAGUGCAAUGAGCUCGCUGGACCAAGUAGGAAGUCCUGUGGAAAUCGAGUUCCUGGUGACCAGCACUGGCCAAACACUACACACUCUUGGCUCCGCCUUCCUGAACAUCAUGUGGCCCCAUGAGCUGGAAAAUGGCAAGUGGCUGCUCUACCCCACAGGGGCAGAGUCAGAGGACCCCUCUCUCAGUCGCUGCAUCGCCACCUCGGCCCUCAACCCCCUCCUCAUCGGCUCUGAGGACCCCUCGCGGCCCGCCAACCUCAAGGCCUUCAGACGGAAAGCUCGCUCCUACCCAGAGGAGGAAGGAGAGGCCAUGAGCAAGGGCAGCGCAGAGAGAACUACUCCUGCUGUGGCCGCCUCAGAGAGACGCAAGUCCCUGAAACUGGACUGCCUGCUAGGCUCAGCACGCUGCAUGCUGUUUCGCUGUCCCCUGCACAGUGUGUCAGGCCACGCAUCGCUAAAGAUCAAAGCCCGCUUGUGGAACAGCACCUUCAUUGAGGAGUUCCCCUCAGUCAGUGCCCUGGAGCUGCUGGUCCGAGCCAACAUCUCAGUGAAGUCCACCCUCAAACACCUGGUGCUCAGAGACACGACAGCACAGAUCCCAGUGAUGAUCUACCCAGAGCACAGCCUCUUAGACCAGUACACCAUCCCCUGGUGGAUCAUCCUCAUCGCCAUCCUGGCCGGCAUCUUCGUCCUGGCGCUGCUGGUUUGGUUAUUGUGGAAGUGUGGCUUUUUCCGGAGGGCUCAAUAUAAAGACAAAGUGCCUCAGUACCACGCGGUGAAGAUCCCUCGGCAGGACCGGCCACAGUUCCAGGAUGAGAAGUCUGUCAAUUUACACAAAAAAGAAUGGGCUACACACUGGAGCGAUGGCACAUCCUGAGUCACAAACACACACACACACGCACACGCACACACACACACACACACACACACACACACACACACACACACACACACACUCUGCUGUGUAUGCAGAGGCUUUGCUGUGCAGAGACUGAUUGUGGUUUUGUGCACUCUUUGAGACACCCUCAGCAUCCAGGCAUGUGCACUGAGCUUCACACAAUGAUGAUUCAAUUGCACUGCUGCCAACCCAUGGAUACAUGUUCGACUGAGUGCACAGGUGCACAGGCUUUAUUUUACACUUGCAUACACACACACACACACACACACACACACACACACACACACACACACACAUACACACACACACACACACACACACACACACACACACACACACACACACACACACACACACACAUAUACAUAGACAGACAGACAAUGUACUCCAGCAAAUACUAAUCAAUGAGACCAUUUCGAAGACAUGCUUGUCAGUGAUGCGUUUCAAUAUUCAUUGAACUGACACAGACUGAUCGACCAAAGGAACAGUAUAGAUUGAGAUGCUUCACACACUUGAUUGAACAUACUCCACAAAAAUGAAGACAAUUCGAAAGUACUACUAAAAGGAAAAACACACACACAAACACACACACACACACAAACACAUACACACAUGUACAUAGACACAGCCUAUAUACAGUACAAGUACACUGUCCAGUACACAAGUUUUGCCUUAAUAGAGUGUGAAUGGCAAAAAUACUGUAAAAUACAACUGUUACGUAACUUCAUUUUUUGUUAACUUAUAGUUUUCUUUGAGGCAGCACUGGUAGUAGUACUGUACAUACAUAGAAACAGAAAGGCAAGGUGAGGCUACUAAACAGACAUAUCUCACUCACAAUAUUAGACUAUCUGUGGUUAGGGUCACAGAACAGGCCUGUGUACAUACCGUAGACUGUUUCAAUGAACAAUCAGGCAUGACCUGCCUUAACUUACCCCAUUCAUGCCAUAUACUGCGUAGUACAUGAAGGGAAAAAAUCAACGCAAAGGCCUAUAGUGCAGCAUACAAUGGCCAGAUUGUCUGCAAAGCAUCCAAUUUUUUUAUAAAAAAUGGAUUAAUUAAUUUAAAAUGGAUUGAAUCCUUACAUAUAAUUAGGUAGGCCUAGUUGCCCAGAAUUACACCACACUUUUACACAGUUUUCCAUCGGUUUACGUAUUUGUAUGUUUUUAAGAGAGGAUCUAUGUCCCUUGUGUUACUAAUAGUUUUACCAGAGCACUGCAGAUUAUUACUUUUGCUCAUUUUUAGUUGUGUCUUCUGGUCUAAAAGUGCCUUAACAUAGUAAUGAUGAAAGUCAGAAUUAGAGAGGGAGAAUGAGAUAAAUAGUUAUCUCUCCUCUUCUCCUGAAAUCAGAGCUAGAGUACAUCCUGGGUUGGUUUGAAGAGACGGAUUAUUGAAACAUCCAGUGUCCUGAUAUCUGCAUUGGAUGCAGACCUAAAGGUGAAAGUUUAUGUGCAUAGACAUUGCUGGACAAUCUUGUAUUAGCUGCAUGGUCAAACUUUGCUGUAAACACUUGUUUGUCAUGAUCUUAUGUUUAUUUAUUUGUGACUGACUCUACUGUUGUACUAUUUGUAAAUAAAACAAAUUCUUGGAAAUUAAUGCCUACAUAAAACAGUGAGUAUAGGGCGAGUGAGCAUCAGUUAACGACCUGCAGUACAUAUUUUGGGCAGUAGAGGGCAAGCAUGUUAUAGCUUGUCAUGACAAUGAGAGCAUCCUCUGAAAAGGAAUAUUUGAAUAUUUUUCAAUGUAAAAGCCUUUCAUAGAUAUGAAACUGUUGCCAACUAACGUAUAAGUUUACUACAUCUGAAACGUUAAAACGGAAGAUAUUCUUUUUAUAAACAAUACUGUACAUAGCCUAAUACUUGAAAGAAUAUCUCACAACUGUAUAUUUGAACUCAAUAAACUAAUACUGCCUGUG